GAGGGAAUAUCGGAAUAAGAAGGAUACGUGAGACAUGUAAGUCUCGUCCCUACGCGUUGCUCACUGGCUGCGUUUCUUCCAAGUGACCCAACUAGUGAAGUCAUUAUGCUUUCCACUCUCUCAACGGGAGGUGGGGCUUUUUAGUGAAAACUUACUCUACCCCGCUGCACAAAGACCAGUGUGCAGUCGCAGUCUCCUCCAAGCUGUGAACGCGCAGCGCCUGCACAGAUCGCUCCAGUUUGGAACUUAAGGCCACAUUUGCAUGAUCCUGCAUACUUUUACUGCUGCUUUCUCGGCCGUGAAAGACACUCCGUGUUCCGCUGUGGCUGUUUUCCAGCAGAUAUUCCGACCCCGAAAACCGUCGGGACCAGUGAAGACAGAAGCUGCGGGAGUGGUGUGGAAACUUUUGCCGUCAUGAGCACGCAAACGGUCAACCUUGAUACCUACAGCCUGUCGCUGCUCACGGCCAAAGAGGACAUCCUCAACCCCCGUUCCUCCACAAACUGGGCAAUAUUCGCAUAUGAUGGGUUCAGCAACAAGCUCAAACUGGCUGACUCAGGAGCGGGUGGUGUCGCAGAGCUGGCAGGGAAAUUUCACAUCUCCAAGCCUCAAUAUGGACUGUGCAAAGUGGGAAGUAUGGAGACAGGUGGCCCCCGGAUUGCUAUGAUCAGCUGGGUCGGCCAAAAUGUGGAGGACUACCGAAGGAAGGAAUGUGCCAGCCACAUCCCAGCCAUCAAAACCUUCUUCAAGGAAGCACACGUGUUCAUCAGUGCAGAGAACGUGGAGGAUGUGACAGAGGAGAAGAUAAGGGCAGAGCUCAGCAAGGCUCAGGCCCACACUCCUGCUCAGUGGGUGAGAAGGAGCUCCAGGAGUGCUGACAAGGAGGAAUUGGUGGGUACAAACUACAGAAAAACUAAUGCUGCAAUGGAGAUGAGAUUUAUAAACAGAGAAUCCUUCUGGGCACGUGCAGAGCGUGAAGAGGAAGAGAGGAAAGAAGAGGAGAGGAGACGGGCAUUAGAGGAGAGACGGCGGCUUGAGAGAGAAAGAAUUUUAAAGGAACGGAGGGAUGCAGAAGAGAGAGACAGAAAGAUGAAUGAGAAGCUACAGAUGAUUGAAGAGCAGAGAAGAAAACAAGCAGAGCAGGAAGAAGAGCUGCGCAGGAGGGAGAAAUCAAGAUGGGAGCAGCAGCAGAGGGAACACGAGGAAGACAUGAGGGCUCGUCUUAGAAGGAGUGAGUCCAUAGAGAAAGCAGCAGAAGCAGCAGCAUUAGUGUCCCAACGCUCCAUGAACCCCAGGGAGUUCUUCAGGCAGCUGUCAUCAUCAUCAUCGCUAAGUCCCACCAGCCCUGGAUCCUCCCGCACUGGCAAACCGUUCAGACGAUACCAGCGCAGCCUGACAGACACAGCCUUCAUCUUCUCUAAAGCAGAAGAAAGCACAGCAUCCUCCCCUCACAGUUCGCCCCUGGUUUCCCCCUUCUCACGGGUUCCUCCCUCUCCUCUCUACCGGGCCAUGUCUCCCCCCAUGAGCCCUGAUUUCCACCCUGUCACCUCUUCUGAAAGGCCCAGAGCCCCCAUGUCACCCCCCACUUCACCUUUUCGGCCUUCCCCUCCAGUCUCAGCCCUGCCCAGUGUUCAGCAAACUAACGAUCAAGUUCAGGCUUUUGUCGAGCACAAACUCCCAUCACCCACAGAACCUUCCGCACCUCCCGCCUCCCCUAGUCUCUUGGCUUCCUUGUCCUCCGCUUUAGUAAAAAACAACCCCUCUCAGUCACAUGCAGAGGCUCUGCCUGCCUCCCCCCCAAACACCCCAAUCCAGUCAGAGCACUCAAACUUCUGCUUUGAGUCUGUUCUAGCUCCACAGCCUCCAACAGCUCCUCUUCCAGAAAGACCACAACCAAACACAGACCUCAUUGCAGCAACUCAUGUGCAUGCUGAGCUGGUCUCAGACAUUGGCUACAAAGUACAGACCGUACUGGUGGAGGAGGAUGAGGAAGAGGAUGAAGAGGAGCAUGAGCAAAAUAUGGCCGUGACACAACCACAGCCUUGUGCAGUUACUACAGAACCGGUCCAGAUUGAGGCAGAGGAGCAGGAGCAAGAGGAGGAAGAAAAGAAGGAGGAGCAGGAGAAGGGCAACAAGGAAGAAGGAUUAAAGCAGGAAGCUGAGCCUUCGUCAACGCAGGAGCCAGUGAUGGAGGAGGAAGUGGGAUUAAAACCGGAAGCUGAACCUCCAUUGCUAGAGGAGCCAGUGACGGAAGAGGAGGAGGAAUUAAAACCGGAAGCUGAACCUCCAUUGCUGGAGGAGCCAGUGACGGAAGAGGAGGAGGGAUUAAAACAGGAAGUUGAACCUCCAUUGCUGGAGGAGCCAGUGACGGAAGAGGAGGAGGGAUUAAAACCGGAAGCUGAACCUCCAUUGCUGGAGGAGCCAGUGACGGAAGAGGAGGAGGGAUUAAAACCGGAAGCUGAACCUCCAUUGCUGGAGGAGCCAGUGACGGAAGAGGAGGAGGGAUUAAAACAGGAAGCUGAACCUCCAUUGCUGGAGGAGCCAGUGACGGAAGAGGAGGAGGGAUUAAAACAGGAAGCUGAACCUCAAUUGCUGGAGGAUCCAGUGACGGAAGAGGAGGAGGGAUUAAAACAGGAAGCUGAACCUCCAUUGCUGGAGGAGCCAGUGACGGAAGAGGAGGAGGGAUUAAAACAGGAAGUUGAACCUCCAUUGCUGGAGGACCCAACAACAGAAGAAGAGGAGGGAUUAAAACAGGAAGAUGAGCAGCUGUCAUUGGGGGAGCAGGUGGAGGAGGUUCAAGAGGAAGAGGAGACAAAGGAGCACAGAGAGGAGAAUGUCCAAUCAGAAGAGAGUCAGGCCCCUGCUGAGCCUGCUGGGUCAGCAGUCACAGAUUACAAUCAAGUCAGUGUUUCAGAUGCUGAACAGCUAUGUCAAGAAAUCAAACAAGAGACUGUCAUUGUGUCAACCAAUUGGAUCACAAAUGGGGACGACACACAGGAACAGAAUGGCAUAGAGCGAUCUUUGAGUCCUUUUGACACAGAUCUCAGCUCAGUGGAGCUAGCGGAGCAGGAGAUCUCAGAAAAUGGACAAGAGGUUUCAGCCGAGCGGCAAAUGUGCGUCCGAGCUCUGUAUGACUACCAAGCAGAGGACGAAACGGAGAUCUCGUUUGAACCCGGUGACAUCAUCAGGGACGUGGAAACGGUGGACAAAGCCUGGUGGAGGGGGUGGAGCAAAGACGGCCGUCAAGGCUUGUUCCCUGCCAAUUAUGUGGAGACUAUAUAGGCAGUCAGAGACAUAUUAGCACACACACACACACACACACUCAGGGAUACCAUCACCCCUCACAUGUGUUCAUGUUUUUACCUUUAUCCUCCCACUGAAACUUUGUACUGUUUUGUGGGGAAAGAUAAAGAAAAGAUGUGACUCCCUGUUUUGUAAAAAGCAUAGGAAAAAGUGUGAAUCUCUAUUUUGAUGUUUUUUUGCAAAAAAACUAAAUAUUCUCACAAGUAUGCAGAAAUUACCCAGCCUCAUUUUCUUGGAUAAAACAGCAGAGACCUUUUCCUGGACCAAAAUAACUUAUUUCCUUUUGAGAUACAGCAGGAAUGUUGGUGGGAGGGAUCAGAUCACUGUGACAAAUGAUCACAAACUUGCUUUUCUUGUAGGAAACACAAACAGACUUUCAUAGUGUAUAGCUGUGUUUUUGAUCCACACAUAUAACAAGCAUUCCAUUCUGCUUACCAUUUGCUUUGUGUGUUACAUUGCUAAAAAAUAAUUUACUGCUCGUGACUGGUAUAUAUAAUCAAGAUACAUGUAUCAGACAUCAUCUUAUAAUCAGCCUCCUGUAUUUCCUGAGUUAUUUUGUAGCACUGUAUUUGUUUCUGACAGUCUCACAGCACAAUUUAAUUACCCAAACCAGAACAGCAGCAUAACAAAAGUUACACAAGCAAAGGAAAAACGCCCUGUACUGACACCUGUAUUUCUCUACCACUCUUUCAGACGGGCUCGUUCCUGCUUAUAUGGUGAUGUCCUUACAUAACUUUUUGUGAUUAUGUCUCAUUUUAAAUUUUCUUAGAUCUUAAGAGAUUGAAGGGUUGUGUUGACAUGCAGAUGAUUUGAAAAAAAUCUUCCAAUUUUAAUAUUCUGUAAAAUCUUAAUACCCUAUAGUGUAUAUAAGAAUGUAUAAAAAAAAGUCAAAGGCAUUCUCUUUUUCUAUACCUUUCUUGUAUGUUUAUAUGUUGUUUGCUUGCUUGAUGGUAUGUAUGUUCUUUGUAUUUACUCUAGACUCACAAAUAUAUAACAUCUACAAACUCUGA